AAUAAAUUAAUUUCAGUGUUCCUAAUAACCUCGUGCAAUAAUGAAGGUCCUUGUCUUGGUGUUUUCCCUUUUUUAUGUAGGACUGGCAGAUGACGAGAUCAACUCUCGAUACUUCCCCAAGAAUUUUAAAUUCGGCGUCGCCAAUGCUGCCCCUCAGAUCGAGGGAGGCUGGAAUGAAGACGGCAAAACGGAAAGCAUCUGGGACCACUUCGUCCACACCCAUCCAGAGAAAAUCGUCGACCGCUCCACUCUCGAUAUCGCUUGCGAUUCCUACCACAAAUACAAAGAAGACGUGGCCAUGGUGAAAGCCAUGGGACUGGACUACUAUCGCCUGUCCAUCGCCUGGGCCAGAAUCUUGCCCACGGGAUACCCCGACAAGGUAAACCAGGCCGGCGUGCGGUACUACAAGAACUUGUUCGCCGAACUGAAAGCUGUCAACGUGGAGCCCAUGGUGACGCUCUACCACUGGGAUCUUCCCCAAACCUUGGAGGAUCAGCUCGGAGGUUGGUUGAACGAGACUGUGGCGGACCUCUUCGCGGAAUACGCGAGGUUGUGCUUCGAACUGUUUAAAGACGACGUGAAGAUGUGGAUCACCAUCAACGAACCGAAACAGGUCUGUCAGGCGGGAUACGGUACUGGAUAUCUCGCUCCUGGUGUCGUUUCCAAUGGGGUUGGAGAGUAUAUUUGCGCUAGGAACGUAAUUUUGGCUCACGCCAAGGCUUACCACAUCUACGACGACGAAUUUAGGGCCACCAAUCAAGGAAGGAUCGCUAUGGUCAUCGAUACGUCAUGGUCCGAACCCGGAAGUGACAGCGAAGAAGACCAGGAAGCAGCAGAGAGAAUGCUCCAGUUUACUUUUGGUCUAUACGCCAACCCGAUCUUCAUCGGAAACUGGCCACAGGUGGUGAUAGACAGAGUCGCACAACGCAGUGAAUUGGAAGGAUUCACCUCUUCCCGCCUACCCCCCUUCACCGACGAGGAAAUCGCUUAUGUCAAAGGUACCUAUGAUUACCUGGCCUUAAACCAUUACUUCACCCACAUGGCCAACGCUACAGCGGAUUCACCAAUUGGAGAUCCAAGUUAUGGAAACGACGUCAGUGUGUCGACUUGGAGGCGACCAGAGUGGCCCAGAGGUGCUGCUGAAUAUUUUUCCGUUGUUCCGUGGGGUUUGAGACACCUUCUCGUGUGGCUUAAGAAGACUUAUGGCGACGUUGAAAUAGUCAUCACAGAAAACGGUCUUUCGGAUAAUACUGGAAUAAUGGAAGAUGACCACAGAAUAUCGUAUUUUCAGGGUUAUCUGAGCGCUUGCUUGGACGCCAUCUACGAAGACGGAGUCAACUUGUCGACUUACACGGCUUGGAGUAUUAUCGAUGAUUUUGAAUGGGAAAACGGGUACACUUUUUUCUUGGGUAUGUACUACGUCAACUUCACGGAUCCAGAAAGAACCAGGAUUCCAAGAAAGUCUGCUAGUUGGUUCACAAACAUGGUCGCUACACGCUGCCUGGUAGACGCUUGUACAGAAUAAGAAGUCUCAUUUAUUGUUCCAGUAUGUAUAUAUAUUUGUAAAUAAAAAGUUUGAACAUUUCGUUAAAUUAACAUUACA